AUGCAUUUAUUGAUUUUACUCUUUAUUCAAUACCUUACUACUAAUAGCUUUUGGACAUAUGUCCAAUUAACUUUGAAAACAAUUGGACAUAGUAAUCUUCCCAACACUGCCUUAAAUAGUCAUAUUACUUAA